AUGCCGAAGCAAAUUCACGAGAUUAAGGACUUCUUGCUGACAGCUAGGAGGAAGGAUGCUCAAUCUGUGAAGAUCAAGAAGAGCAAAGAUGUUGUCAAGUUCAAGGUUCGAUGCUCAAAGUAUCUGUACACCCUCUGUGUCUUUGACCCUGAGAAGGCUGACAAGUUGAAGCAAUCCCUUCCCCCAGGUUUGAAUGUGCAAGACCUGUGA